AUGAGCGAGCUGCAGGCGCCUCAUACAAUUGAAUCGACGCAGUUGUCACACUGUGUGCCGUGUUUUAAAGAGGAACUGAUAGGGGAGACCGGAGCACCUGGAGGAAACAAGAGCCCUAUUGGUGAGAUGUUCCUACUCAGAUGCUCCUUGUGUGGUCCGGAGCUCCGAGUCAUUCCCAAACAAUCGGCAUUAAUCCAGGCAGCGAGAGGCCUGGAGCACAGCGCUGCCAGAGGAGCUGAUACUCAGUCCUACCUCCCCCACGUCCACUGCCAGAACACGCCCCGUUACGCCAUAGGCCGGCUCAGCCCAAACCAAGUGCCAAGAAUAAGACAAGCUGAUGUGGGGGCCCCAAGGGGAGGGCCCGCGCUGCUGCUGCUGUCCCGCGCUCACGCUCCUCAGUCAGGCCACUUGGCUGUGUUUAUUUAA